AUGUCCUCAGAACUCGACACUACCGCUAACAGACCAUUCCAUCGACCUGGUGACGAACCUUUCCAACACCCAGUUGGACAUAUGCAUGCUCACGGUCUAGCGCAAUAUUCUCCUGAGGCAGCGGAAGCGUUUUCGUUCCCUUCCAAGCCUGAGUCAAAGCACAAUGUGUCACCUCUUUUGUUCCAGACCCCGCAACCGCCUCUAUCUUCCGUAUGCCCCCAGCGCUGGCCAGGAAUAGACGCAGACAGCACCAAGAUGCUUUUGAAAGUGUUAGAGGACAAUCAUUCGAGGUGGCAUAUAUUCUUCAAUUACAAGGGAUUUCAUAACCAUGCGGCCCAUCAUCUUCUCGCGAUCUGGGCGAUGGGCGCAAGCGCCAAGAUCAUAUUUUCUGCUUAUGAAACUCAUUGCGUGUAUCAGCGGCCUGCGUUUGACUCACCAAGCCGUAUCACACGCCAUAAUUUCAAUGAGCACCUUGGCGACGAACGCUUUUAUUCAGCUUACUCGGAUUUUUUUGCCCUUGAACUCGGGAAGAAAGGGUUUGCUCGCACCUUUGAGGAAUAUGUAUUUGCUCCUUCUGCCAAUUACCUAGCAGAACCACCUCCGGAAGGUGAUGGUAAUCCGGAGAUGCUGUCUCGCUUCAUUGGUGGAUUGCUCCACCCUCUGAUUCACGCCGGUUAUGGCGCAGAGUUUGGAUUGCUAGGCAUGUCAGCAGAAGGUAGAGUUAACAUUUAUUUCACGCAUUGUGCUGGUUCUUACCUGCAGAAAGGUCUGGCUAUGACUGCUAUACAUCCUGCGAAGAUGCAUGCACUUCUUCCACCUUCGGAUUUCAGUUCUCCUUUGAAAUCUGGAACCAUGCAUGCCCUAUCAAUUCUCGCACUUGUCGCUAAGGAUGAACGAUUCGAGCACGUCAAAAUGAUGGACGAUUUAGACAUGCUUACGAUGACCGUCUCAUCUUACGACGAGGCACUUCGAGCGUACGCUGAAAUGUGGGAAUUCGAUGUAGCAAAUAAGGAGGGCGUCGCAAAAGCGGUAGAGGAACUUGCUUGGUUCAACUCGAUAAUUUAUGGAGUAGGGGGCAUGGCUAAGGAUACAUUCAGCGCUGAUUUCUUCUUGAUGCACCUUGCCACUUCCACCCUUUUCCUCCCGUCCCUCGUAACUUCGCUCUAUCAAAACCCCCGUGCCCAAGCCUUGCUGCUGCGUUCCUUCUUCGCAGUGAGCCUGGCGCGCUACUUGUCGCGGGGACGCCCCACCCUCGAUAUCACCAAGUUUUAUAGUGACACAUCACGGCUUUUGCCUUCUAGUGGUCUGGACGUCAUCCCGGGUCCGCAGCCUUCACCUUUCGAGAACACACUUCCCGACAAGAAUUCUCCUGAAGCGCGGACGCCAAAUUCCUGGUUAUCCAUAAUACAGACUACGCUCGUGCAGCGGGCACUCGACGCAUUUUGCAUCAUUGUACUGGCUUGCGAGGACAGGGAUGGUUCAGCCACCCGCAAAGAAGCGAGCGUAGCCACAGAUAACAGUAAGCUCGAAGAUGCUGAGCGCGACAUGGGACUUGGAAAGUUGGAUGGAACGUUGUUCCUUCGCGUGGCUAUGCUUACUGCGCACACGCUUGGUUGGAUGAGAGAGGGUCCAGCGCGAGGAGGGGUGGGAUUAUGA